AUGAACACCAUCCUCAGUGUUUUAGCUAAUGCCGCCUCAUCGGUGUCAUCUACAUCUUCUGCUGCUACCAUGUCCCAUCACAAACUGCAAGCAGAUAGCUUCCAUGAUCGUUCUCCUUACUUACAAAUAAAAAAUCACAAUUCUAAAAUUGUCCACUAUAAGCAACACUUUCUAUCCAUCUUAUUGUCUUCGUAUUGGCUUGCUCGCUCAUAUAAUGAAUUUAUGUUGCCGUGCCUAAUGUUUAUUGGUCGGUCACAAUGUAUGACUAAACUGUCUACCUUCUUAUAUGUUGAUUUCAGCACAGAACCAUCAGUUACGAAGCCGUUGAAAUCUAGUAAUUUGAUUAAAUCAACCAAGUCAUACAGUAUCUAUAGUGAUACGACCAGAGAAUCGUUUAUCGACCGUAUGCUUGAGCAACCGCAAGAGCGUGGCUUAGUGGCUAAAGUUGCAAGAGAACUCAACGUGAAAUACCGUACUGCACUGAAUUGGUGGCACAUUUAUGAAGAAAUGGAAGGGGUGCCGUAUAAAAAUAGUGAAAAAACAGUGUUCCAAAAAGCUCAUUUACAACUGCAUGAUAACGAGUACAUUAACCAAGCUACUUGA